CUUCCACCCUCAACGGCGAAAGCUCUCGCUAUCCCGCCGACGGAAAAUUCGAAGCAACAGGACGCGAUUGCGCCAAACGAGGAACGGAGGAUCCCGCGAAAUUUUGGGCUCGCGAAAAUAAAAAAAGGUGACCGGGGAGACUGACCAUGUGUUAGGAACACGCCGUCGGGUUUUCGGAAGACGAGAAAGGUGCGCGAGACAACGACUCGCAAAACAGUAUAUUCUCGAUCUUGAGGAUCGAUUCCGGUGGCGGGUGCGCGCGCGAUCGCUCGUUUGAUUUUGAUCGCCCCGCAUUCCUCGAGCGUCAGGAAGUUGUUAAUCCGUUAACUCGUUAACUAGCGGCUAGAUAAGAGCGGACGAGCGCGCGAGCGGCUAACGAAACGGAGGAAGGGGAAAAGAUCGACGGGCCACGUAGUGCUGUGAAACUGUCUGGUGAUGCGUGAUCGAACAACAACUUCCCAAACGGAGGCUGCCGUUGCUGACGCCACUUCCACCAUCGACGGUCCCGCGAGCGAGCUGGUACGAGGAUCGUCGAUCGAUAUCGACGGCGACGGGGCUACGGAUCCCGGCUUCCUCGGCCUGCCAGGAUACUCGCAUGCGACGGUUUAAGCCGAGGGUGAAAGGGUCGGUCGGGACCUUAAGCGGGAUAAGGGAGAACCGCUGCUGAGUCCGUAUCGGAAUCGAGGCAAGGAUUCUCAUGCACGCCGCGAACUUGCCCGGCAUCCCGUGGUCGAGAGGAGAGAAGGAGCAUGACGUAGUCGUCGGCGAGGGGGGCUCUUGGGAUGCUCCGGACUACUUCCGGCUAGGGCCGUCGUAUGGAGGGGCAGGACGUAAUCACCACGGAUGGCAACCUGUCUUUAAACUUCACGACUCACAACGCCACACGAGGCGACGGAUCCUUUUUUUGGGUCUUCCCCGGCAAAAACUCACCCUACACCACUACUCAGGCAAUCGCCCUCGCUCUGGUACUCGGCAGCAUCAUCGUCGGGACGGUGAUAGGCAAUAUUCUCGUGUGCGUGGCGGUAUUCCUCGUUAGGAAACUACGGAAGCCGUGCAACUAUCUGCUGGUCAGUUUGGCGGUGAGCGAUCUCUGCGUGGCGCUUCUGGUGAUGCCGAUGGCGUUGCUAUACCAGAUAUCGGGCAACUGGUCCUUCGGCUCGCUCAUGUGCGAUCUCUGGGUCAGCUUCGACGUGCUCAGCUGCACCGCCAGCAUCCUCAAUCUCUGCAUGAUAUCCGUGGACCGAUUCUGGGCCAUCACGAAGCCGUUACAAUACGGGAUUAAGAGGACGACGCGACGGAUGAUCAUCUACGUCAGCCUUGUUUGGUUAGGAGCGGCUUGUAUCAGUUUGCCGCCCCUGCUGAUAAUGGGUAACGAGCACACCUAUUCCGAAACCGGGCCCUCGCACUGCUCGGUCUGCCAGAAUUUUUUCUACCAAAUCUACGCGACCCUCGGUAGCUUCUACAUACCGCUGUUCGUCAUGAUUCAGGUGUACUAUAAAAUAUUCUGCGCUGCGCGCAAAAUUGUUUUGGAGGAGAUAAGGGCACAACUUCACCUGGAGGUGCACUGCCAUCUCGACAUGGAGCCGCCGGCCUCGCAGCAUCCGGCCGCGCCCGCAGUGAACCGUCAAUUAAAUUCUUCCGACAUGCAGACGAGUCAAGGUAGUCCGCCGGUGAAACAACACAGAAGUUCCAGCGCGUCUACCACGAUAAGAUCGAAGGUACGCGCCGACAGGCUGGAUAAUUUGACAAUGUGCAGCGGACAUGCGGUCCGAUGCUUCGCCGGCGGGCCGCGCAGGAGCAACGAGUCGCAAUGUCCGAUGCUGCAAAGAAUCGAGAAGCCGGUGCUAUCGACGGCGACGACGCCGUCGAUGACGUCGUCGACGACAAAGCAGAUGACAACGACGACGACGCUCGUGCGCAAUCAUCUGAACAGCACGUGUAGCGUCACCAACUCGCCGCACCAGAAGAAGCUGCGCUUUCAUCUGGCGAAGGAGCGAAAAGCCAGCACCACCCUUGGCAUCAUCAUGGGUGCGUUCGUCGGCUGCUGGCUGCCAUUUUUCGUGCUGGCGCUGGUCAGACCGUUCCUCGAGGACCCGGACGCCAUUCCGGCCUUUCUCUCGGGUCUUUUCCUCUGGCUCGGCUAUUGCAAUAGCCUGCUAAACCCGAUCAUCUACGCGAUCCUUAACAAGGACUUCCGCAAGCCGUUCCGCGAGAUACUUUUCUUCCGCUGCAACAAUCUCAAUCAUAUGAUGCGCGAGGAGUUUUACCAGAGCCAGUAUGGCGAUCCAGUUAAUAACUACGAGAUCAAAGCUGGCUGCAGCGGCGGCGGUGGCGGUGCGGAGAGCGCCGAGAGCGCGGAACACUACGAGGACGGUAAUCAGGACAUCGUCGAGUCGAUGGACGUCACCGGCGCGCCCGACGAGAGCUUCCUAUGAUCCGAGGAGCGUUCCUCGUCGUUCAUCGAGGACCGUAAUAUCCGACGGAGACCGCCGUCCUGCUGUAUCGAGCCCCUCCACAUCGCCGUCGAUCUCACCAACGGCACACAAAACGAGAUCCUUUUAUGAUCGAUCACGAUCGAUGAGGAUCGCGAGGACGAUGCCGCGCGUCAUCGUCAUCGCCAUUGUCAUCGUCCUGAGAGGGUGACGGGACGGUUUUCAUUCCGCGACCGCGUGACGAGCGCGUCGCGCAGGGAUAUCUCUCGAGAGAUCCUCCUGUGAUCAGAUCAACAGCGCUGGACCGCCUGUGUGAUCUUAACGCCGUUAUAAGAGAUCGGCCGAGAAAGAAAGAGAGAAAUAAAUAGAUAGCUACUGCGCGAUUAUAGUUGUGUCGAUAAAUUCAAAAUCUCACGUAAGAACUCUGUCUGUGUGUGACUCGAAGUCGAGGAGCGAUUUUCGAUCGCGAGAAAAAUAUUUUCAAUAAUUUCAUUGAUUUAACUCAAAUUUAUUCACACCAAAGGUAAUUGAAGGGCUUAUUUUCAUAUGGUCUUAAUUUCAUAUUUUUUAAACACUGAGAAUAUAUGAUGUGUGUUAUAAAGCUAUGAAAAUUCAUACAAAUUCAUAAAUAUAUUUAAUAAAACACACACACACACAU